CCUUUCAAGACCAAUGACAUUAUAUGAUCUCGAUGUGCGUUUUGGCCAUUUUACUUGGCUUGCGUUGGUGAUUCGUACAUAAGUCACGUGACCUAAGUGGAUUUUGGAUCAAUGGCGCCAAAUGUCUAUAACAGAAAAUGUUGUACCACUUGCUUUCGGUCAAGCUAAAGUGCCAUCAUGUAGUGGAUGCUGUGACAUUUUACACAAUGUUGCUACCACGAUCCAAGUGUAAAGCUGUAGUGGGAUCGUGAACAUGUAGGUUGUGAAUAAACUGAGAGAGAUGUCGUUGAGAGGCACCAAGCGGGCGACCGGUGUGCGUGGGGAGGAGGCGGGCACAUCGAAACGCCGCAGGACGGAGCCUGAGGAUGCCCUCUGGCAACUCCGUCCUGAUGUCAAAAUGUCAUCCAUAUACAACAGGAGUGCCUCAGAGGCACCAGCAGAACUAUUCAGGAAAGAUCUCAUCAGCGCGAUGAAGCUCCCAGACUCGGAGCCCCUCACGCCAAAUAACUAUUGGGUCAUCACAGACACAUGGAAGCAGGACUGGGAGCGAGGUGUGCAGGUUCCUGUCAACCCUGACUCAUUACCCGCGCCAAAAGUCAAGAUAAUUGACAACCCACUGCCGCCAGACUUUCAAGAAUUCAAAUUGCCCAAGGACAAGUACAUACAUUUAACGCGCGAUAGUCAUUACCAGCCUGACAAACACCAGUUAAGCACCACGCCAGCUCGUGCCGAAGCCGCUUGCAGUUACGACCUUGAUGCUUUGGAUACGGCUUGGUUGAAGCUGCUUAAUGCGGAGCGGGCUAGGGCUGGUGCUAUGCCAAUCUCAGAAGAUCAACUUGAAAAAGUUAUAGAGGAGUUGGAGGUUCGGACAUGGGACAAAAUUCAAGCUAUUAUGAAGUCUGAAGAAGGUUUAGGUAUCGAGUAUGACGAGAAUGUAAUUUGCGAUGUGUGUCGAUCUCCAGACUCUGAAGAUGGUAACGAAAUGGUGUUUUGCGAUUCAUGCAACAUAUGUGUGCACCAAGCUUGCUAUGGCAUUACUGUUAUUCCAGAAGGACAGUGGCUGUGCAGACCCUGUGGUGACGGCGUGCGGCCUACCUGUGUUCUGUGUCCUAAUCUUGGUGGUGCAAUGAAAUGUACACCAUCUGGCCAUAAGUGGGCUCAUGUUAGUUGUGUGCUUUGGAUACCCGAGGUAUCAAUUGGUUGUGCCGAACAAAUGGAACCUAUAACUAAAAUAUCCUCGAUACCACCGUCGCGCUGGUCGUUAGUGUGUGUAUUGUGUCGCGAACGUAAAGGAGCAUGCAUACAGUGCUCAGUAAAAACUUGUAAAACUGCUUACCACGUAACAUGUGCAUUUAAACAUGGACUAGAAAUGCGUGCAAUAAUAGAAGAUGAAAAUGCAGACGAUGGAGUAAAGCUGCGAUCAUAUUGUCAAAAACAUAGUGUUAAUUCUAAAAAAGAAAAGUGUCCAGGUUCAGGCUCGGAGGAGGAGGAGGUAAAACGUAAGCGUCGAAAAGACAUGACGUCAGAAGAGAAAACACAAGCUCGGGCUGCUCGGUUACAAGAAAUUGAAGCGGAGUUUGACAACCAUGUUAGCAUGAAAGAUAUUAGUACACAUCUCCUUGAUGUUGACCAAGAUGCAAUCAAUUAUAUUUACAAUUACUGGAAAUUGAAGAGAAGAGCAGGGCAUAAUCGUCCUUUAUUACUACCAAAAUCAGAUGAUAGUGAACUUCUCACACAUAGACAAGAACAAGCAGAUCUUGAUAAAAUGAAGAUGUUUGUGCAGCUAAGGCAAGACCUGGAAAGAGUGCGGAAUUUGUGCUAUAUGGUGAGUAGAAGAGAAAAGCUGUCUCGCUCUUUCUUUCGAUUACGAGAACAAACAUUUCACAAGCAAGUGGCGGUUUUAACAGCAGAUUCUACAAUAGCGGGGCCAGAUUUGGCUGCCAUUAUUGAAGCUAAUCAUGGACCAUCAAUAUAUGACAGAUUAUAUUCGCAUGAUAAUGCACCAGAUCAUCAGAAUGACUUUGAUGCCUUACUGGCACGAAUUGCGCCUCCAGAUUCAGGCGACGAAAAGAAGAAAGAUCGUAACGGCCUAGUAAGAGGAUCUAGGUCAUCAAAUCCCUAUAAGAAACAUUACGUUAAUGGCUCACGUCGAAGUGGUAGCAUGUACAGUGGUCUUUCUAGUGAAGAAAGUGCUGUGGAAAUCAGUCGAUCAAAUAAAUAUCGUGGUAGAGCUAUUGGGUCUAGUACAGAUGAAGAUGAGAAAAAGCCUAAUUCACCAAAGAAAAAGGUAUGUCCAAAAACAAAAGGCAAGAAAUUACCUAAGAAGUCUGACAGAAAAAAGAAGAAAGUACCACAGUCUAAGGCAUUGGUUGAAAGUAGUAGUGAGGAUGAGGCAUUAAAAGCCAAAAUGAAGAAAGAUAGAUCUCGUAGUAAAACAUUAACACAGAUGGAGAAAGAAAUGACAGCUGGAAAGUUAGGCUUGUCUGGUUCUGAUAGUGAUGAAUUAAUGCCAAUAAAAUCAACAAGAAAUAAUAAAUUCCCCAUGAACAUUUAUUCAGACAGUAGUGAAGAUCUUCCUUCAAAAACAGAUAUAAAAGCAGAAAAAAUUAAAAAUAUAGAUAAACUUAAAUCCGAAAAAGUAAAACCUGAUAAAUCUCCAAGUGGAAAUGAUUCACAACAACCAUUACCACGUACUAAAGCUGCCAUGAAAGAAUUUAUACCAACUCAACCUGAAAAGAAAGUAACUAUUAAGGAAGAACCGAAGCCUGCCCCCAAGAAAAGAGGUAGGAAACCAUCCAAUAAAGAUAAAAAGCUUCCAGAGAAAACUGAAUCAGAUGAUGAAGCGAAGAAUAAAGAAAAUAUUAAGUUCUUAAAACAGAAAGACAACCCCACAGAUUUAAUAGUACCACAACGACAAGCUGCUAAGAAGGCUUCUGAAAAUAUGCGAUCUACAACAGUGGUUAAGAAAGAGGAAUCAAGUACUGAAAAACAAGUGAGUGGUGAUGACGCUAAGUCUAAGCCAAAAGUGAAAUCUAAAGGAAAAGAAGUUAAGGAAGUUAUUAUUCCUACCACUUCACCAUCUAAAAUAGGAAAGAAAAAAUCUACUAAAGAGCUUAAAAAGGAGCCCAUUUCCUAUGUACCACAAAGACAAGCAGCUAAAAAAGCGGCGGCACAUAUUAAGAGUGGCCUUGGAAGUAAACCACCAGUUGUUGAAACAACAGAUUCUGAUAAAAAGAAAGAUGAAAGACCAGAUUUAUCUAAAAUGUCACCUAAGAAAGAUGAUAUUAAAAAUACUAAGACUACAAUAAAAGAAAGUUCAAGUUCUUCUUCAUCAACUAGUAGUAGUUGCUCAUCAUCUUCUUGCUCUGAAGAAGAACAAGAAAAACCUGGUAUUAAACCAACUGCUAAAGCGCGAGAAAUCAAACCGGCAAUUAGGCAACCCUCUAUGUUUUCACCACCCGGCUCUAGGCCUACAGUGGACUUGCCCUUUCUCGACAAGGUGUCAAGACCAUUGUCUUCAACUAGUGCCUCGAGUGAUUGUGACAGCUUUAAAGAAUGUAGAUCUGGUUCAGGGAGCCCCUGCCCUAAACGCCCGCGUAGGCGACGGAAAGGGAAGAGCCUCUCCACUGAUACGUCCCAACGCAAGACCCCGGACAAGAAGCUUAAAACUUCCGAACGGGGGUCCGAGCGUAGGGUAUCACCGACUAUUAAGGGAGAGGAAUCGAGCAGACCCAGCGAUGCGCGUGCUGCCACGCGUGCUCGGACCAGAAGCACUACUACAAGCGGAAAUAUGUCUAAUAAGUCUGAUGCCCGACAACGAAAACCAUCUAAAGACAACUCCAGUUCUGCCACUGACUCAAAUAAAACUUCCAAAGAGAGCGGCCAGCCCUCUGAAUUUUCAUCUCCGAAGCGGCAAACGGACGAGGAGAUGAAGAGAGAUCUAAAGAAAUCUCCAUCUUUUACUGAAAUGCAGAUUAAUGAUGUAAAAGCAAAGGUAACUAAACCUAAAAAUCGCAGUAUAUCUGUAGAAGAAAAAGAUAAAAUAAAAUCCGAAAGUGAACCCAUUACUUCAAUCAAAACUAGUCCAAGGAAAAGCCUAGAUAUAAAACAUAAAAACAGAAGAUUGAGUGUCAAAGAACCUGGAUUAAAGGAGUUAGGAUCAUUGUCAAAUGAAGUAACUAAUACUAUUCCUAAACAGAGAAGACUGAGUAGACUUGAGGCUCUUAACACUUCUGAUUUUGAUCAUAGUAAUCUUUCGCCUGUUAAAAAAUCGAUUUCAGUUGAAAAACCUCCAGAAAUUGUGGAUGACAGAAAGAGUCCUAUACCAAUGAAUGAUGACUUUAAUGAUAAUGACAAACAUUGGUUGGCAGCUCCUAGUCCUUGUGUUCAUCUUCCGCCUAUAGAAAAGCCAGGUGGGCAUGAAAAAUAUAUGACUGAAGAUAAAUCAAUGGAUUCUGAUUCUGCUGAUAAAAACAGCGUUAAAAUGAUCGCUAAAAUUCAAGCAAAUCUAAAUGAAAACACAAUGAUUAAAUCACCAAAGACACCAAUGGAUGCUAGAACAAUAUCCAUGGAAUCUAUGGAUGUGGAUACACCAAUGGCUAGAAACAUACGAAAACGAUCAACACUCGAAUCCGAUAAAAAGUUUAUUACUCAAGAUACCAGUCACGUGCAGGGUGUUGAGAUCUCAAAGAGUGCUAAAAUACCUUCAACAGUAAAUCCAUAUCCUAAUCGCUCCAUGUUUUCACCUCAACCUAAAGACCAUGAACUCUUCGAUUAUGAAAUGUUGGCUGUCGAUGAUGGUUUUAACCAUGAUGACAUGAUGAAACCGUUUACAUCAUAUCCAGAAUUUUUCUUCAAGGAAGACUCAAAAGAACAGGGUGUGCAAGAGACCUUGAACUUAGUUGAUAGGCUUAGAAUGCAGUUGAGCUCUAAAAAAGUGUCAGCAGAAAAUUCAACUCAUGAUGAAUCAUUAACUGAAGAUAAAUAUAACAGAGAUGAAAAUAAUAGCAUUAAUCCGAUUUCUACAAAAGUAGAAGACGAUCAUGAAAGUAUACCAGCAAAUAAACAUGAAAACGAUUUGCAUGAUAAUGACACAGCACUAAAAGAAGAACAAACUACAGAAAACCAUAUUCCACAGCCUUAUGCAUCUGAUAUGGUAUCUAGAGAAUCUAUAAAAGAUAAUAAAGACUACCACCAACCAAUACCAAUGACAAGUAAUGAAAAAUGGUCUGAUUUGCCUGUAUCUCAAAGCAAUAAUCAUAUCGAUCAAUCUAAUGAUCGAAAGUAUGACCACGUAAAUGUUUAUCAUGAAGAAGUUAAAGAGCGAAAUAUAACUCAGUCAGAUGUACAGUCUAUUUCUGAAGUUGGAGAUACAAUAUCGCUAUCGAAACAAAGUGAUGAUUCACAGUCAUUAUCUGUUGUUGACCAUUCCAUACACAGCAAUGAUCAUGACCUCACACAAGACAACCAAAAUUAUGAAAAUAAUAAUUCAUUAGUGCACUCGGAUUGUGCUACUGUUUCUUCUCCUUAUAUUAGCCAAGAAACUAAAUGGAGAGAAAGUAAGAUAGCAACACGUAGAUCAUCUGCAUCAAGUACAAGUUCUGAAGGGUCUGUUUGUUCUCAAAAGACAGAUAUAAAAUCUCAUAUGAACAAUUGUGAUUCACAUCAAGGUAAUGUCAUGCCUAUUGACUCGUAUCCACCAAUACCCACGUAUUCUUGUCCAGUGGAGCCAUCGAUGCCAUUAAAUCAAUACAGUGCUUAUGCUCCUGAUGCUUCACCGUUCUUGAGUUCACUGCCACUUUUUGCAACGGGUGCAUGCGCAUCAUCUCAGCUACCAUUGCCGUCGCCAGGCCCAGGACUUUAUGCUUCGUCUGUCGGUCUGCCGUUCUCAACGACUUCAUUGUCGACGUUGAUGCAACCGAAACCAGCUUUUCCACAAUUAUGCGCUGCUUUUACAUCUUCGUCACAAAAUAUUGCACUUACGACAGCAAUGAUAGCACCGCCAACACCUAAACCAAUCGAUUCGCCUCGGGAUGAUAUUGACGUAACGGGAAGUGAUAAAUUCUCAAUACAUGUUGCAUCAAGUCCAAGCAUUAGUGUCGAUUCAUAUGAAGCAACUAACAAUAGAACUUCCACCAAAAUGUCUAAUGAUAGCAGUGAAACUAUUGCCAGUAUACAUCCUCAAGAAUCGAAAUCACCGCCAAAAUUGAUUAAGAAUGCAUCUAAAUUCCCAGUAAAGUCACCUGGUAAAAGUCCAGGUAUAUCGCCUAAACAAAGUGAAAUUACUAAAGGCACGAAGCGCUCUAGCAAUAGAAGUAAUAGAAGCCAAAGAGGGCGAGGUCGAUCCAAGAGCCGUGGACAAGGUGUCCACGGUUUCCCUCAUGUUGAAUAUAUGGGUAACUCCAUUCAAAACAAACUAGUCGGAACAGUUUAUGAUUUUGAUGAAGAAAUUGCUAAUGAUGGCGUUGAUCUCAAAGCUCUUCGAGAAAGACGUAAGUCUAUAGAUAUUAGAGACGAUAGAAAAUCCGAGCAUUCAUUUAAAGACGCAUCACAGUCACCUCCCGUAGUUAGUCCUCAGCAAAUAAAUAAAAGACCGCCUCAAAUUGAAGCCAAAGACGUUAAACCUCCUACUCCUGAGCCUCCAGGUCGAAUUACUUCACCAGCUAUUAGUAAAACAUCUUCAGAACGCGGGCCAGGAUUUUCACAAGUCCAGCCCGUAUUACCAGGACCCGUGGACAUGCGUACCUAUCAACCAUUCGAUAAUCCAGCGCCUGCUACUGGCGAUGCUUAUCAUAACCAUUUACUAGAAUUUGCCAGUGGCACUGCUGAUCAACAAUUAGCGGAUAUCGACGAAGAAGUUGAAAAACAACUCCAUAGUGCGUUAAUGGCUAGUAAACCAAGAUCUGGUUCUCCAUCUGCCACUCCAGCCCCUGAUUUAGUUGAGCCUCCUCCAAAAGAGACAUUUACGCCACAGUUGCCGAAGGUUUCAUUGUCUGAUUCAAGAAAUCAAUUGAAAGUCAAAAUAAAGGGUCCAUUCUUAGACGCUAAUUACUCGGCAAGUUCAGUUCAGCCUGUUGCACCUCAACCACCAGCGCCAGUACACGAAUCUAAUAGCAGUUUGAACGUCUCUAGUAGUGUGGCAUCCAGUAUGAUGUCUGGCUCUACAAAUUUAAGACGAAUGCGCAAGAAAGAGCUACUUCGACAGUACUGGACGCAGGAUAUGAAUAUGGAUGAUCCUACUGCUGCUUCUAUUAUAAGAGCGACGCAACCACCGGCGGCACCACCUCCUUUGGCUCGAGCCGUCAUUACAAUUCCAAAAGCUGUAGCAUCUAUGACAAGUAUACCGACCAGGGAAGAUUAUAAAAUAAGCGACACGCCAGUGGAGAAAAAGAAACGUAAGACCACCAGUGGUUUGUCCCGCGAGUUAAGACAUUUAGAAGUGAGCAUGAAUGAUGCUGAUCCAUCAGAUGAUACCAAAUUGUCAAGCUUCAGUACUGCCAAUUCAAGCCAGUCAUAUAAGAGACGAGGUCGAGUCACUAUAAAACCGAAUACGGCGAGUGCUCCUGCACCAGUGGCUCCUAAAUUGAAAAUAAAAUUGAGUUCUAAUAGUGUGCAGCAAGUGAAUGAUGACACGUUAGGAUUUCAGUUGCGACCGCCAAAGAAACGGCUGGUUAACUUACCAAAGACCAGUAUGGAAGAUGUUCGCCGGGAAAAUAUGAAAUUCCGGCGGAAGAUUAUGGCAGAUUUUGAGGAAAAUGAAAAAACUGAAAAAUAUAAGCCUAGUAAGAGUGAAAAACGUAAGAAGAAGAAGGACAAAAAAACGGAAAAACUUGAAGUGAUAAACCCGAGUACUAGUGAAGGUUUGAGAAUAAAAAUAAAGUUUAAAAAAGAGGAGGAGGCGGAGGAGAGUUCUGGAACGAUGACUGUGGCGGCAGCGGCACCGGCAGUGUCGGGAAUACCGCCAACGACCAGCACGUCGACAGCGGCAACGGCGGCAGCGACCGCGGCUGCUGUAGUGCCUGAACCUGUUGUGGACCCGUUCGAGUAUGAUCCGACCGCUCAGGAUCCGCUCGCUAUCGAUCCACCCUCCUACUCCGAAACAUCCGCGAUGCGUAAAAUUCGGACCGAUAAAGUGACGCCAAUACGUUUAAAAUUAGCUCGUAGCUCGAAAGGUUCCGGUUACGUGAUGAAAGAGGCCGGCGAGGAGGAUACGUCCGCGGCGAAGGCUGCGGCAGCUUCCGAGGCGGCGCCACCGCCCGUCUCCUCGCCCUUGCCAUUGACUGUGAACAAACACUGUGAAGUGAGAUGAUACAAGCCACGUAUUAGCAGAUAAUCAAUUAGAUUAUGAUAGAACAAGCUUAAAAUCUCGUGUAUAGUUGGAGUUAAUAUAAAUUAGAUAGUGUUUGUAUAUUUUCAAAAUAAUAUUAUCUUCUUUGUAAUGACGUAGUUAAUCGUAUUAUUUAUUUGUAUAAAUUGAAGCUCAAGAAUUCGAUUAACUUAAAGUUAUGCUAAGGUAAUAUUAAAUAUGUUAGUUUUGUGCAUUCAGUGAUGCGCAAGUAAAUUUGAUUAAUUCUAACAUAUAUUUUUGUUAACGUUUAUGUUUUACUUUUGCUUAUGUCGAAUCUCAUUAUUUUUUUGAAAUAUGUAAGCAUUGAAAACAUAUAUCUAAAUAUGAUAAUAUUUUAGUGAUAGUUCCAAUAUUACAACAUACAUCACAUUUACUGAACGCACUUCUUGCAGUGUGGACAAUCUGAGAGCUAUUACUUUCAUCUAUUUCUCCCAAUUGUAUUUGACUGCUUGUGAUUGAUUAUUCAUAUGGAUAGGCGUCAUGUUAAUCGCGUAUUAAUAUCAGACGUCAUAGGUAAAGAUAUUAUUUUAAUAUUAUUAAAACAUAUAUAUCUAUAUAUAUCAUAAUGCCUUGUACAUAGUGUAUCUACAUUUUUAUAUAAUUAAAAAUUUAUGUAUAAAAUUGUCUAUUUCUAUAUAUUGUUACAUCGGCAAUGUAAAUAUUUAUUAUAUUUGUCAUUUGGGAGCAUUAUUAUUUUUUCAUUAAAUUGAAUAAUGUGUAUGUAAGUAUGUGUAUAUAUAUUAACAUUUUAAUUUACAUACGAUCAUUUAAGUACAAUCAUUAAUAAGUGUAUAAAAAAAUGCCGUGACAUAUCCGUCUGCUCGGCCUAAUCUUGCAAACUCGUUAUCCUUAAUUCUUAUUAUUAAAAGAGAAUGUUUUCAGACUAUACAUAAUCUUUUAAUAAAACAAUAAAAAAUGACUGCAUUAGUUGGAAUAAAAAUAUGAAAUUCGUAUUUUAACCGCGGUAACACUGCCUGGAAUUUUAAAUUAAAUAUAAAUGAUAGAGCUCUUUGUAAACUAUUACAUAUCCUUUUGAUAUUUUUAUGUUUAUAUUUCGAUACAAUUUCAAAAAUUGCUCUCAUUCUCGAAUGGGUUUUCUUUGUCUAGACGGGGUCACUGGUUAUAAAUAUAUUGAAAUUUAUUUAUUUUAUUUAGUAUUUUGUAUAGUUUAUAUUGAAAAGUAUAUAUAUAUAAAUUUUAUUACGAGUUUACUAGCUAGCGAGAAGUGAUUUUUAUGACGUUUAACCAAUUCCUGUGCCGACUAUACGCAUCUCAUAAUACAUUAUUCCUUGAUCCAUAUAUUAACCAAAGACUAUGGAAAUGAUGAAAUUACUUUUUUGAAAGGGCAUUAUUAAUUUUGGCAUUAUGUAUUAACGCUUACCCGUUUUUGGAACAAUAUUAGAAAUAAAAUUGUUAUUUUGUCAAGUAAAUUUUACAUAUUUAUGGGAAAUAAUAGUAUUUUAUUAUCACACGUCAGACAUAGAAACGAGACUGUGAGUACUUAAGAUUUACAACUAAAGUACAGAUUGUUCGUUUCUCAAUUUUUAUAUUCUUUACUCAUUCAUACCUAUAUAUAUGUACAGUACAUAAAAAGCGAAACGACUGACUGAUCAACCCAUAGCUGAUACUGCUGGCUCUAAAAAACAAAAUUGUGCACAAAGUUUCUUUAUAUAAUGUGAGCUACGCCUUAUAUUUUGAAAUAAAUGGGGAUAAGAGAUUCUUACACAGGUGCUUUGACAUUUUUUAUUUUGUAUUAAUACUUAAUUUUAAAAUAUUGCACCUAAGUUUCCUUUUUUAAUUUUGAAUUGACAGAAAUGUUUAUAUAUAUAUCGUCAUAGUCGUAGAAUACUGACGGAUCUGACGAAUAUUACAUAUAUAGAUCCGUCAGUAUUCUACGACUGUGACGAUAUAUUCUAUAUAUAUAAUAUUUCAUAUAUUUAUAUGACUAAAUAAUAAUAGAAAAAAAAGUUGUUCUCAGUUACGUCCUAAAAUAAAACUAUAUGUAUAUAUAUAUAUAUAUAUAUAUAUAUAUAUAUAUAUAUAUAUAUAUAUGUAUAAUUGUAUUGCGUCAGUUACUUUUUGUAUAUCCUGAAUACCAGAUAUUGUUACCACAAAAUAACACAUCACAUGGUUGUUGUUUCUAUUUCAAAUUAAAUACAGCAAUUAUUGUAACCACUUGAAGUGAAAUAUACAUGACUUUCAUUUUCUCAUCACCACUUGUCAUCAGGUGAUACAAGUGAAUUGUGAGUCUCCAAUAAUAAAAAAGUAAUUUGUUUUCGUUUUUAACACUUUGUGAAUGCCAUAUUUAUUAUAUAUUGUACCUUUGUAGUCUCGAAAUGAUCUUCUGCAAUUAAGACUCGUUUCGUAUAUGAAUAUGAAUGUUGAUAAAUUAUUAUCAACAUUCAUAUACGAAUACCAGAAAAAAAAUAUCCUUCUAUAAAUAUUACAUAUUAUAACAAUUAAAAUGUGAUUGCUAAUAUUCAGGAUGUGCACAAACACUGAUCAUUGAAACACUAUUUUACGAAUUUUGUUUAUUACUAGCGAACAAAUCCACAAUCACGUUCAAAUAUUACACGUUUUUAAAUAAAAUCAAUUCAAGAACAGGUGGGAAAGAGAAGUUUCUUUUUAUUUUUGACUUAAUAUAUAUGUGUAUGUAUGUUUCACGUGUUUUGUGCAAUAUUUGGCAAUACUCAAUGAAUAGUCAUCGUUUGACAUUAUGAGAGCGUAUUAGAUUUUAAGUACAUAUUCGUUAAGUUCUUUAAGCUAUGUUUACCCCAUAUCACUUUAUAUAAACUCUUAAGUAAUACACGCAAUAAUAUAGUGUGUAUAUGUAUUUAUUAUUAUUAUUAUAUCAGCCGUUUACUGUCCACUGCUGGACAUAGGCCUUCCCUAAAACGAGAAUUUUGCUAAUAGUUGUCUUGCAACGCUUCGCAGGCGGAGUGGCAACCGCAGUUAGGGUUUACUGAUGUUUUAAGAAGGACUCUAUUGUCCAUCCUUCGACCGUUAAGUUCCCUUAGUCGCUUUUUACGACAACGUCCAGACAGGUUCCGGACAGAAAGGGGUGGUUCAUUCUAUGCCGGGACCACACGGCUAAUUUUCUAUUAUAUUUGCAUAUUCUUCGAUUUUACGACUGCACGAUAAAUUAUGUAAAGAAAUAUAUUUUAUUCAUUAAAGUUAUAUAUUUUAUUCAUAUCAAUUUCAGUAGGCCAAAUUCCUCUAAAAGAUUUUUAAGCCCUAUAUAAUAUUAAUAUUAACAAAUUUGUGACAAAAAAAAAUUAAUAAAUGAAAUUUUGUUUUAUACCCAAAAAUUAUUUUAAACGGUAAAAAUUUUUAAAUGUAAAAAUAAUCAUAAAACGGUUCCUACGUACUGACAUAAUAUUUCUUGGGUCACAAAUUUUUGUCCACUAAAUGAUAAAUUCUAAAUGAAUUCGUGCGUCUAGUUGGAUUAGCUUAUAGAUAUUUUAUACUUUUAUAUUUUUCUAAUUAUAGUUUUAUUGAAAAAGUAAAAAAAAAAUACCUUCAAUAUUAAUGCAUUUAAUGUAUUUUUUUGUUUGUUAACAUAUUUACUUAGGUUACGAUAUUAUUUAUACUUAAGAUUUGUUGUAAGAAGUUUGUUGCCGAAUUAAAACUAGAAUGCCUCUUGCAUAACUACCGCUGGUGUUGGUGUUACUUUUGUACUUGAAAUAAUCGUAUAACUUUCUUUCGUCUGUGGAAAUGAGCGACGAAAUGUUUUAUUUCUAAUAGGAAUAUUAUUUAUUGCGUGCGAUCUAACUAGACGUACAAAAGGCAACCCUUCACCUAUAUUGACAUAAUACUAUUGUAUUGCCCUAAUUUUACUAAAUUGACAAACAAAAAAAAAUUUAAAACCAAUAUUUUAAAAUGAAAUAUUAACGUUUAAAAUGUAGCAAAAAUAUUUACCCUCGGCGUUGUUCAUAAAAUACUUCUAUAACAAUAAAUAUCUCGCAGCUCAUUUUUUUUUUAAAUUGUCGCUACCUAUUCUCUCUUGUAACAUUUGAUAUUUUUGUGAAUAUGGGUGUGCCAUUUUACGGUAUUAGUUAAAAUUGUCCUCUUGAUUUGGUUCAAAGACGCUAUGACAAAUGUUCACGAUUCCAAGCUCACGGGCCUUAAGUUUAAGGCUUGUAUAACGGAUUGUGUUUUAAGGAAUUGUUCGAAAUGAUGUCCAUAGCCAACUUUUGUUCACACACCACUCGCCAUCAACAGGGAGUUUAUCCUUAAUCGCUGAAACCUAAAUUAUCGCGUACAGCGCAGUUUCUUCCCGCGUACGCUCAGGUUGUGGAAUGAGCUUCCUGUUGAGAUUUUGCACAGAUUACAGUAUGGGGUUUUUAAAAAAAAUGUGUUAAGGUUUUUUCAAGGUCACAACGUGCCCGUGACAUCUCUAGUGUUGCAAGCGUCCAUAGAAUAUAGUGACUGUUUUCCAUCAGACUAGCUGUAUACUUAUUUACCACCUUCGUGGUAUAAAAAUCCAAUAAAAAAGGUUUCAUUAAUCAUCAUCUAAUGAUGAUUCAUAUCAGUCGAUAAUUGUUCACUACUGAACAUAGACCUCCUCCUUAGGGGGGUUGUGCCAGUAGUUACCACGCUUGGAAGGCGGGUUGGCAGGUAGAAAAAGUGUGGUCACAACCAUGAGUAUACACAGAGAGGGUCAAUGAAUACGAUCAACGGAAAAAAGAAUUAUUUACUUUCAACUCUAAACGGUCGAACUAUCCUGGUUCUCCGAGUGCUUUUUCAUGCUUCGUUUAAAGGUUCCGAGUUUAUAGGAUGAUGGGAAUACGUCACGGGAAAGGCCAUUCGCAAGUUUAUUUGUACGCGAGUGCGGACGGUUUACAGUGUAUGAAUGUAGUUGCUGGCCUAUUCUCGUUAUAGGCAACGGUUACCCCCCUUUGGAAUUUAGGGUUUACUAAUAAAACUAUGGAACUCUUGCACCUGUCAAAUGGUACAUCCUUAAUCACAAAACUGUCAACUUAAAGCCAUCUUAAAAUAAAAAUAUUAGCAACUGUGUUACAUAAUCAAGGCCCUGGUUACGCGGAGGAAACGGAAGGCAUCACACUAACUUUUAAUAACGAAACAGGCCGCGUCAGCUGUCGUCGGAAAACAUCGCUCGAAAAGGCAAAAUAAAUAUAAAUCGAUAAAAUUUAAUCCGCCUUUUCUGAUGGUGCAAUUAGUUUUUAUUAUUAUUAUUUUUUUUUUAUGAAAAAUGAAUUCGGUAUUCGCGACACUUACCAUCGAGUUUGUUGUUUAUGCGUGCGGCUGCUCCAUGAUAAUAUUUCUAUUUGCGGGUCGACUGUCAAUGGAAAUUCAAAAUAAUAAAUUAAGCGAUUUUGUACAAGAUCUCUCGAAUAUGUCAGUCGAUGAAUUUACUUCACAUUUUAUCUAUAUAACUGAUAGUCUGUAUUUGACUAAACCUAUAAUAACCGCAACGGUUAUAUGGGGGUUUAAUUUGGCAUUCAUUUAUUUAAUUUACUUAGACAUUACAUUACUUAUACUUUUACAUUUAUAAUUUUAGUAAGGAUAAACCGGUUAAUAACCAAAUUAAUUUACAAUUCUUGUACUUAUUUUGAAUGACAUUUGUUAAGAAAGCUCUUUUGAAGAAUGUUUUAAGAUAUUUAUAUCAUAAAAACUAUGAAUAAAAAUGUUCUUGAAUCCAUAACUUAUAUUAGUCUACAUGUGGUUAUUCGUAAAUUAUGGUUUUCAUUGAAUAUAUUAAACUAUUUUAAAUACAAAUUGCCGUUUAUUCAUAGAAUAUUUAUAAAACACGUACACAAGUUACGAAUUAUCAUGUGUAGACUGACCGAUCUCGUUAUCUAUGAAUUGUUUUAUUAUAACUAUAUAUUGUCAUAGUACGCCAGAUACUGGCCACUUUCGUAACGAUUAGGGGAAUAAAUAGGUGUCUCUACAGACUUCACGGUACAAUGUUUAUUAAAUUAAAUAAUUCGUUACCAUAAAAUAUUUAUUUUUAAGAUAUAAUCAGAAAUAUUAGAAGGAACUGGUAUAGGUUCAUGUAAAUAAUAGAUUAAAUAUGUUAAUGUUAGUUUAUUUUGUUUAAAAAUUGAGCAUAUUUCCUAUGGGGGUUUCAUACAAGUUCUAAACUUAUUGCUUUCUAUAACUUUCGAAUGCUCGACGCACACACUAAUCGAAUACCAACCAACUUACAUGCAGAGUCGUGUCUUUAAGCUAUGAGUAAACUAUAAUGUUGUAAAUAACUGAAUUUAUUUAUUGAAUCGUUAAAAGUUUGAAACGAAUUCCUUUCAACAUCUAAUUGUCUAUCACUAAAUGAAUGAACCCCAUUCUAGAGCUUAGUUGUCACAAAAUGUUUUGAAGAAACUAUUUUUUACAUAUGAUAAUUAAAUGUAACGACAAUUCUUAGUGUAUAUAUAUUUAGUAAUGGACAAUGUUGUUGAACUUGUAUAUUUUACUAACGAACGAUUAAUGAAUUUUUUUAAUAUCCAUACUUAUUUAAUAUGUUUACCACUGAACUCAAAAUUACUCACAGCUUGAUGACAUCCAUUUAUAUUACUUAUUUAAAUCAAUUGUAAGAUCAGUUUUUUUUUUAAAUAGUAUGAGGUUGUAUGUAAAUACAUUAGAACAUUAGUACAGGAUCACUUUACUGCACGCAAAAUAAUUUUAUCUGUAGUUGUAUAUAUUCGUGGUAUUAAUUGUAAAUACAUAAAAAAUAUAAUUAAUACGGCACUCUCAGGUUGAUAUGCAAUAAUCUGCCGUUUAUUAUUAGAUUCAUAAUAAUAUAGUGUUACAUAAUAACAGGUACGUACCUACAUAUUUGACGUUUUUACUCCUCCAACCGAGUAAUGUCCUCUUGAAUCUAGUAGCACAUUUUUUUACUUAACCGACGUUCACUGCGCUAGCACUGAAUUAAUACUCAGCUAUAAUACAUUCUGGUCCACAUGUACUUUCAUGUUAAAAAAAGUUUAGAAAUCACGCCUGCAUGUCUUCCCUAAUUAAUUUAAUGUGGUCAAUGAUGAAAUGUAAAAAUAUUUUGGAUUUGAUGUGCACUGAAAUUAUUAGACAAGCAAUCAUAUAAAAUGCCAUGUUAAUUUAUAUGUAUCUUAUAGUUCUUAUUACGCACAAAAUAUGAACUUUGUUUAAACAUCACAAUUGGACAGUCAUAAUUACCUUGUUACUGUGAUUUGUUUAAUUUAUAUAAAAAUUGUUUAUUACUUAGGAAUAAUUUUGUAUUUGAGAUUCCAAUUGCAGGGAAUAAAAUUCACUUGGAUUUGUACAUAAUGUUUCAUAUAUGAAAUUUCUUAAGUUAAAAAAGAUAUAUAUUUUCUUAUAAAGUGAUGUAUGUACUUUUCUAAAAUUGUAGUAAUUAAUAAAUAAUGAUUUUUUUGUAUUUUAUAAAGAAGUCAUGUUAUUUAGAUAUCGUGCUAUAAGCGUAUGAGUUAUAGUGUUUAAUUUACAUAUUGAGCGUUUAUAAAAAUGUAUGAAAUUGCAUUUUUUAGUAUAUUGUACACGAUGGCGGUGCGAGUGUAUUGUUGACAUAUUUAUGUGAGGCGGUUACAAGUAUCUAUCAAUCAUCCUUGUAGACACUAGCGCCAACUAGUGGCACUACUAUUUGAAAUGCAUUGUGGUAAUGGAGGUUACUCGAACCGUACACAUACAUAUGUUAUCUGACACAAUUUUCUUUUCGAAAAUAGAAACCGGCUUAUACAUGGAUGGUUCCGUUAACUCUCAGUGUUUGUUGGUUGUGGUAUUUUAAUUACAUAAUGAGUACAUCGUUGAUAAAAAGUGUAUUGUAUCAUUAGAUUAACUUUACGUGCCACAGUCGCAGAAAGUUAAAUGUUAUAGAUAAUGCCAUGGCUGAGCGACUCGUACCAGUCAUUACUUUAAGGAGAAUUAUUAAUACUAAAUACACUACUAUUUAUAUUUUAGUCAGAUAUAAUCAGUUAAUUAGAUAAGAGAUUAACAUCUUAUACCAUUACCCGUAUAAGUAUUACAAUAAAAAACUUUAUUUCCAUUUGUGUAAAAUUAGAUUGUUAGAUAUUAUUGCUAAGUGUAAGUUGUACAAACUACUUAUGUACAGAUUGUAAUAUAAGAUGAUAAUGUCGGUGCGGCGUUGUUGUGUAACGGUUGGAUAAUAAAGUUGAAACGCGGGUCUUGUAAAUAGUGUACAAGUGAUCUUGUAAUAUAAGAGUGUUUUCAACGUGCACAUAGUCGCCUCCAUUCAUUAAUAAAUUUUUUAGAUCAAUUAA